AUGUCAACCACGGAGAAGAUCUCCUCCUCCGAUGGUGCUCCGGCAGAAACGCCGCAGCACCACGCGGAGCUGGUGACCACCGCAGAUGACGGCGUCGUCCUGGCGAGCGAAGCAGACGCCGAACUGCUGGCGAAGAUGGGAUACAAGCAAGAGCUGAAGCGGAACUUCUCGACGCUCGAGGUGUUCGGAAUUGCCUUCUCCAUUAUGGGACUGCUUCCCUCCAUCGCCAGCACCCUCGCCUUCUCCCUCCCAGCUGGGCCGGCGGGCAUGCUGACAUCUCAACUACCUCGCGCAGAUGGGUUCGCCCUCAUGUUUUGCGCAGUCAUCGUCGUUUCAACAGACGGCGAAUGGACUCCAAGCAACGGGAUCGUAUACGUAGUGUUCAUGAUAUGCACGCUCACACACGGCAUAAUCGCCUCCACCCUGACGAAAAUAAUGAACAAGCUCCAGACCUUCGCGGUCUUCCUGAAUAUCGCCCUGAUCCUCUCCACGAUCAUUGCACUGCCUGUGGGGAUGGCGAACAAGCGCAAUGACGGCCACUUCAUCUUCGCCACCGUGGAGAACCUGACCACCUGGCCGACGGGCUGGGCUUUCAUGCUCGCGUGGCUGUCGCCCAUCUGGACCAUCGGCGCCUUCGACAGCUGCGUCCACAUGAGCGAGGAGGCGAGCAAUGCUGCCAAGGCCGUGCCACUGGGCAUCCUUAGCUCGAUUGGGAUGUGUUGGGGUCUGGGUUUCGUGAUUGUCAUCGUGCUUGCUGCGUGCAUCGACCCGAAUAUCGAAAAUGUCCUGGGAAGUUCCUUUGGGCAGCCUAUGGCUCAGAUCUACUAUGAUGCACUGGGGAAACAGGGUGCCAUGGGGCUCAUCGCAUUCUUGUUCAUAGUGCAAUAUCUGAUGGGUUACUCCAUCACGAUAGCUGCUUCGCGACAGAUGUGGGCAUUCUCUCGAGACGGUGCUCUGCCAUUCUCAUCCUUCUUCCGCCGCAUUUCCAAAACCUUCGGUUACAUCCCGCUCCGAGCAGUCUGGGGUGCCGUCUUCGUCGCCAUCAUACUGGGCCUUCUUUGCUUGAUCGCCCCAGCCGCCGCGUCCGCGCUGUUCUCUCUGGCUGUGGCUGGUAACAAUCUUGCCUGGGGCAUUCCCAUCUUCGCACGCGUAGUGUGGGGGAAAGAGAAAUUCACCCCGGGCGCCUUCUACACCGGAAACAAGUUCAGUCUUCCGAUCGCAUGGGCUGCCAUCAUUUUCCUAGUGUUUGGGAUCCUGCUGGCAAUGUUCCCUGUUGGCGGUCCGGACCCCACGCCGGAAACUAUGAACUACACCGUUGUGGUGAACAUGGCAGUCUGGGGAGGAGCGACCGUCUACUACUUUGUCGCGGCAAGAAAGUGGUUCACCGGCCCCAAGUCGACUGUGGAAGAGAUUGAAGGCGUCACAGGGCAUGUGUUGAGUGGCCCAGAGAGGGAUGGACUCGCGGACGAGACCGAAGGAGGUGGUGGGACGGAGAAGCUGGCUGCUGCCAAGGAAUGA